CACCUUGUCUUCACCUGGAAACAGAAUCCUACCCUGACAAGAGGUCUUCCUAAGGCCGAAAGGAAGCUGUUCAAGGAGUCAGUCCUCCACCUCUUCCCUGUGUGCACUGGUUUUGUGUCCUCUGAAGAUGAUUCCGUGGAAGAGACUCUGCCGGCAUCAUCACAUGUGGGUCCUGGGCUGUUACACGGUGCUAGCCAUUGUUGCUCUGAGACUUUCGCUCAGGCUGAAGUGUGAUUUUGAUCAGCUCUAUCUGGACUCCAAGGAACUGCCCACCCAGUACUGUAGGAAUAUCUUGUACAGAUCCCUGAGGCUGCCCACAAAGAGGUCCGUUAACUGUUCGGGGAUCACCAGAGGGGACCAGGAAGCAGUGAUCCAGGCUAUUCUGAAUAACCUGGAGGUCAGGAAGGAGCGGCAGCCUUUCUCCGAUGCUGACUACAUCACUAUGACCAGAGACUGUGAGGAAUUUAAGGCCAAAAGGAGGUUCGUGCAGUUCUCACUGAGCAGAGAAGAGUUCGACUUCCCUAUUGCAUACUCCAUGGUGGUUCAUGAGAAAAUUGAAAACUUCGAGAGGCUGCUUCGAGCUGUGUACGCCCCUCAGAAUAUAUACUGUGUCCACGUGGACCAGAAGUCUCCAGAAACAUUCAAAGAGGCAGUCAGGGCGAUCGCUUCAUGCUUCCCAAAUGUCUUCAUAGCCAGCAAGCUGGUUCCAGUAGUUUACGCCUCCUGGUCCAGGGUACAAGCCGACCUGAACUGUAUGGAGGACUUGUUCCAGAGCUCGGUGCCUUGGAAAUACUUGCUGAAUACCUGUGGGACCGACUUUCCUAUAAAGACCAAUGCUGAGAUGGUCCGGGCCCUGAAGAUGUUGAAUGGGAAAAACAGUAUGGAGUCAGAAAUACCCAAUAAAUACAAAAAAAUCCGCUGGCAAUAUCACUAUGUGGUGAAGAACACAUUGUACAUCACCAACAAGAAGAAAGAUCCUCCACCUAAUAACACAACCAUGUUCACCGGCAAUGCCUAUAUUGUGGCUUCUCGAGACUUCGUUCAUCAUGUCUUACAGAACCCCAAAUCCCAACAACUGAUUGAGUGGGCAAAAGAUACCUACAGUCCUGAUGAACACCUCUGGGCCACACUUCAGCGUGCCCUUUGGAUGCCUGGCUCUUCUCCCUUGCACCCCAAGUAUGACAUCUCAGACAUGACCUCCAUCGCCAGGCUGGUCAAGUGGCAGCAACACGAGGGAGAUGUCAGCCGGGGGGCACCUUACGGCCCUUGCUCUGGAAUCCACCAGCGGGGUGUCUGUAUUUAUGGGGCUGGGGACCUGCACUGGAUGCUGCAGAACCAUCACCUGUUGGCCAACAAGUUUGAUCCGAGGGUGGACGAUAAUGUUCUUCAGUGCUUGGAAGAGUACCUACGCCACAAGGCCAUCUACGGGACUGGACUGUGAGGCACACGACAGACGAGUGCUGCCUGUGGGGCAGGAAGAUGUGCAAGUGUCAGAGCCUCCUGGGACAACACGGGGUGGGGAACCAGGGCUCCGGGAUCCGUGGCACCCCCGGGGUAAGGGUGCUGCGGUUGGAGUGCGGGUAAGUAGACCUGCUGUCACCUGUCCAGCCCCUCUCCAGCUGUUCCUCUGCUCACUUUCUCAGCCAGCAUGAGAACUGCUGCUGCUUGGGACAGGAAGGGAGGCAGAGGACUCUGGACUUCGGCUGAAUGCCCGGUGUCAGCUUUUCAACUCCGUGGAGAUACCUUCCUGAUACUUCUGGGCUUAGAGUUGGGAGGAGUGGGAAAAAAGAGCCUUCCCUUUGCUGUUGUUAAUUUAAAAAUAAAUAGCUCCUGAUUCAAAGCCCUGCCUCUAUGUUUUGUCUGAUAAGCCAGAAAUAGUAUAAACAGAUAAAACU